AUGGAGUUGGAUACAAUGAUCGUUCAAGUUAAUGAUAAUGAGAAGAUGUUUUAUGCAAAAAUAGAUAAAUACAUUAAUUGCUUAGGUGAUAAAUUUCGUGAAAAGGCUGUUAUCAAACAGCAAGUGUAUAAUGAUAUCAUGCAAUGUUUGUUAUUGGCAAAAGGUAAAAAACUUGAUCCUCAUUCACCAGUUUUUGUUUAUUGGGCGAAACAAAAAUUUAUCUUGAUUAAAAUUGGUAAUAUUGAUAUUGUUGCUUGUGUCAAAUCGAAAAAACCAGUUUGUGUUUAUGAAUAUUUUUAUAAUGUUAUUAAGGAAGGACAUACUAAUAUUUCGCAUGGUGGUCGUGACAAGACCAUCUUUGAAUUAAAUUCUCAAUAUUCUUUUAUUCCUCGGUUUGCUAUUGAUAUAUUUAUGAAGCAAUGCAUUCAGUGCCAGACAAGAAAACCAAUUAAACAGCAUGUAGUAUCGAAACCAAUUAUUGCAUUAGGUGUAAUGACUCGACUACAGAUUGACUUGAUUGACAUGCGGACAAGACCAGAUAAAGUUUCAUCUGAUCUUGUUUAUUUAUGGAUUUUGAAUUGUAUUGAUCAUUUUAGCAAAUUUUCAUGGGCUUAUCCCUUGAAAAACAAAUCUGCUAUUGAGGUUGCUAUGAAACUACGUGAGUUGUUCUUUGUUUUUGGGCCAUCACGUAUACUUCAUAGUGACAAUGGUCGUGAAUUUGUAGCCAGUGUUAUUACAGAUUUGAAAAAUCUUUUUCCUGAUUUGGUGUUCAUUCAUGGCAGGCCGAGACAUCCACAAAGCCAAGGUUGCAUCGAAAGAGCAAACGGGGUUUUGUGUGAUGCUCUCGGCAAAUGGAUGGAUGGUAAUAGUUCUUCUAGUUGGUCUUCUGGUUUAUUGCCUGUUACAUAUGGAAUCAAUACCAGGCAAUCUAGUGUAACUAAGACCACUCCUUAUGCAUUAAUGUUUGGGCAGGCACCACGUAGUGAAUCUGAUUUUUGGAAGUUAGUAUAUGAUAAUGGAAUUGAAGACGAAGAAUCCUUACCAACUCCUAUUGCUGAAUUAAAUGAUGACUUGAUUGAUGAUAAGGAUGAUAAUCGAAUUACUUCAGAUGAUGGUAUUGAUAGUGAAGUGAUUGAUCUAGUUAGUCAAUUAUCUGCUGAUGCUUGUUCUCAUUCAUUAAUUAGUACACCAUCAAGACAUUUUGCAAUUCGUACAGUUGCUACAGAUCAUUAUCUGGCAACUGCAAAUAAAAAAAUGAAAUUAUAUCAAGAUAGUUCGAAGCUUAUGGGAGACAAUUUUGAUUUAAAUGAUUGUGUUGGUAUCGAAAUUCAUUCUGUUGAUCGAACAAAUACAGAUCCAAAAUAUUUGCCAUGUAUCAUUGUUGAAAAAUAUGAAAGGAAUAAUAUUUUGUUAUUUAAAUUGAUUUGUCAAUAUGGGUCUUUGAACAACACCUUUGAAGCUGGGCAAUUAAUGAAUCUGAAAGAUGCUUGUCCUAAUGAUUUGAAACUUGUUAAUAUUGACGAUCUUAAGCCUAUUACCAUUAUUGAGGCUUCAAGACUUUAUUCUCGUGGUUCAACAACAGGACGUACUUGUAAUUGUCGAGGCAAUUGUGCGAUGAAAACAUGUCCAUACAUUACAAGUAUCAUCUACGGUGUCCUUUAUUCAGUUGUUGGUGAAAUGAUUCUUGAUUAUUGUUCAACAUUAACUUUUUCUUCCAAAUUUGAUUAUACAUUCGAUGGAAAAGCUUCGAUUGAACUUGUCUAUCAUUUUACAGCUGCUGUACUUAUUGAUACAAUUUAUAAUGGUUGCAAUACUACUGUUUUUGCCUAUGGUCAAACAGGAUUUGGUAAAACAUUUACAAUGGGUGGUGGCGAUUUAUCAUUGACAAAGAUCGAUUUAUUACAUGGUAUCUAUGCAUAA